CAUUUUAUCGACUGCAAUUUCAAUACACAGAGAUACAGUGACGAGAUCUUAAGGCCCAUUGUCGUGCUAUUCAAACACUUCCAUCACCUCAUGUUUCAGCAUGAUAAUGCAUGGCGCCAUGUCGCAAGGAUCUGUCCACAAUUCCUGGAAGCUGACAUGUCACCCAUUGAGCAUGUUUGGGAUGCUCUGGAUCAACGUGUACUACAGCGUGUUUCAGUUCCCUCCAAUAUCCAGCAACUUUGCACAGCCAUUGAAGAGGAGUAGGACAACAUUCCACAGGCCGUAAUCAACAGCCUGAUCAACUCUAUGCGAAGGAGAUGUGUCGUGCUGCAUGAGGCAAAUGGUGAUCACAUCAGAAAUUGACUAGUUUUCUGAUCCAAGUGCCUAUCUUUUUUUUACAGUGUUUGUGACCAACAGGUGCAUAUCUGUAUUCCCAGCCUUGUGAAAUCCAUAGAUUAGGGCCUAAUGAAUUUACUUAAAUUGACUGAUUUCCAUAUAUGAACAAUAACUUGAAAUUGGUCUGAUUAUUUUCAGUCUUCAGAUAACAUUCUAAUGUUAUAUUGAUAAUUUACAGUAGCAGUGGGGGCUGGUGGGAUGAACUAUAGGAGGACAGGCUCAUUGUAAUGGCUGGAAUAGAGUAAAUGCAACAGUAUCAUACACACCAAAGAUAUGGAAACCACAUUUUUUACUCUGUUCCAAUAAUUUUAUUGCAGCCAUAACAAUGACCCCGUCCUCCUAUAGAUCCUCCCACCAGCUUCCACUGUACAGUAGGCAGUCAUCAUAUGUUGGGAUCAGUCAGAGUAAUGAGCUAUGUGAUUGUUUUGCUGUUGCUGUCCGUUCUCUUCAAAUAGGUUGCCAAGAAUACAACAAAAUAUCAAACAUAAAAGAUGCCUAAUAUUACUUACACCAAUGCUCAAAUUGACCUCCCAUGGAACUAUCCCAUAUUCAUGAUCUUUCAAACAUUCAAGAUUACUUUAUUUACAAGGCUGGAUUGAUGUGCUGCUGAUUAUCAACAACAACACAGAAAGAACGCGGUCUUUAUAAAAGAAUGGAUGACAUCAGCGUAGGCUAGUAUACUCUCUAUAUGAUUCAUUCAUAUUAUCAAGGCUACUAUUUGUUGAAAUAGGUUAAUCCAAUCUAAUAGUGACCAAUCUCUUUGUGUAUGUAGGCUAAUCCCACAUAUCUAUGUUUGUGAAACUCAGGCUGAAGCCGUAUUUUAGCAGCCCUUUAAGAUGUCUCAGCAAAAUAGCACUGAUAGGCACACAGCUGAGGGACUUCAUAGUCUUCCACAGGGACUCUGUGUCUGACUGUGUGAACCAGAUCCUGUAUCUAUCUCCCACCAUUGACCUCCCAAACGAUCACGCUGCAUCAUUAUGAGAAUUGGUCUGGGCGGUACAGAGCAGAGUAGAGCAGGGCAGAGCGAAUGAGCCACAUCCGCCACUGAAGGGAUCAAAUCUGUGCCAUCUGAUGCUCAGGGAUUUAUAGGUUUAGUCAAAAUUGCUUUUUCCCACUGUGGAGAUUAAGCACCGUGGGAUGUUUGUUGGUCAGGCCAGAGCUGCUGCUUCUUCCCCAGCCCCGAUGCUGUUCUGCUGAAGACAAUGUCCCAGGACCCACGGAGAGAGGUUUGAGCCCUGGUAGGGUGUGGAAUUUGACUGGAGUUAGAGUGGUCUACUGGGGUAUGUGCACCAUGCAGGUGGAUACUGUGUUGGUGCUGUUCUGCGUCUGCCUCAUGGGGGUUUCUGGGAGAUCAGCUCAUCAAAGAGGUGACAAGCUGGAGACCUACAAACAGAGCAGAUCCAGGAGAGAAACAUCAAGAAUGGAUGAUGGAGGAGCUCACAGCAAGACCGCAAGCCCAAUCCUAAAACGAGGUCCAGACAUGACAAAAUCUCCCAUGACAAAAUCUGAGCAGCUCUUAAGAAUAGAUGACCAUGACUUUACCAUGAGACCAGCAUUUGGAGGACCCCCUAUUCCAGUUGGGGUAGAUGUUCAGGUUGAAAGUCUGGACACAAUCUCUGAAGUGGAUAUGGACUUCACCAUGACCCUGUACCUGAGGCACUACUGGAAGGACGAGCGCCUGUCCUUCACCAGUACCAAUAACCAGAGCAUGACCUUUGACAGCAGGCUGGCCAAGAAGAUCUGGGUUCCUGACAUGUUCUUCGUCCACUCCAAGAGGUCCUUCAUCCAUGACACCACCACGGACAACGUCAUGCUGAGGGUGUACCCUGACGGCAAUGUGCUUUACAGUCUGAGAAUCACUGUCACGGCCAUGUGCAACAUGGACCUGAGUCGCUUCCCUCUAGACACACAGACCUGCUCGCUGGAAAUAGAGAGCUAUGCAUACACGGACGAUGAUCUCAUGCUGUACUGGAAGAAAGGCAACGAGUCACUGAACACAGACGAGAGGAUAUCUUUAUCCCAGUUCCUCAUCCAGAAGUUUCACACCACUACAAAACUGGCCUUCUAUAGCAGUACAGGCUGGUACAACCGUCUGUACAUCCACUUCACCCUGCGACGUCACGUCUUCUUCUUCCUGCUCCAGACCUACUUCCCAGCCACCCUCAUGGUCAUGCUGUCCUGGGUCUCCUUCUGGAUUGACCGCCGGGCCGUCCCCGCUAGGGUCCCUUUGGGUAUCACCACAGUGCUCACCAUGUCCACCAUCAUCACUGGAGUCAACGCCUCCAUGCCCAGAGUGUCCUACAUCAAAGCGGUGGACAUCUACCUGUGGGUCAGUUUCGUGUUUGUCUUCCUCUCGGUCAUAGAGUAUGCCGCGGUCAACUACCUCUCUACCGUGCAGGAAAGGAAAGAGAGGAAACUAAGAGAGAGGUUGCCGUGUACAUGUGGCAUCGGAAACCCUGACGACGCCAUGUGCGACCCCCAGAUCACUGGUUACACCACCAUGGACGUUAACAGUAUAGGGAACUAUGGCACCGCAGGGAACUAUGGGAUGCCGGAGAACGGAGGCAGGCAGGAGAGGAUGUUUGCCCAGGUGGUUCUGGGGGAUCCCCAGCUCACGGGCCAGGUAAAGAGGCCAGGCUAUGUGAACAUUUGGAUAGACACCCAUGCCAUAGACAAGUACUCACGGAUGGUCUUCCCUGGUUCCUACGUCCUGUUCAACAUCAUCUACUGGUCCAUCUACUCCUAACGCCUGGCAAAUGGGGAAGGACCAUACUACUCUAACACAUCCACAUGCUGCAGUUAGAGCACAACAUGUUCGAUUUCAUUAGGCACGAAACGGCACAAAAUUGACUGAAACAGUGAUCGACUACCUGAACUUGUCCAAUAAGAAACACAAGUUUUCAUUUUUUCAGGGCAAAACUUUUGCUACAUUUUGCAACAGUAUACCCUCAUGAAUAUAAAACAGGACACCACUGUAACUCCAUUUACAGGGAUAGCGGCCACGCAGAGAGAAAACAUGUAAUUGUUUCUGUUUUCAAGACAAAAGACUGAGAUGUGGAUUAUAAAUUGUGAGGUGAACAUUGCCUUCUUGACCCAGCCUCUUAAAUGGACCUAUUCAUGUCCAGUACAGUGCAUUCAGAAAGAUGGACCUAUUCAUGUACAGUACAGUGCAUUCAGAAAGAUGGACCUAUUCAUGUACAGUACAGUGCAUUCAGAAAGAUGGACCUAUUCAUGUA